AUGAGUUUGCCGAGCGGUGUCGAUAUGUCGAACCUGAUGCAGCAACAUCCGGUACUCGGUGCGCUGCCGCCAGCAUUUUUUCUACGGGCGGCCUCGGAACGCUAUCAACGCACCCCCAAGUGUGCCCGAUGUCGCAACCAUGGAGUGGUUAGUGCACUCAAAGGACACAAACGGUACUGUCGCUGGCGGGACUGUGUCUGCGCUAAAUGUACCUUAAUCGCCGAACGUCAACGGGUUAUGGCCGCUCAGGUUGCGCUCCGCAGGCAGCAGGCACAGGAGGAGAACGAGGUGCGCGAUCUUGGCCUGCUGUACGGGACGACCGGAGUGCACGGCGUCGGCCAGACACCUCCGAGCGAUCCCGUUGCUGUACAGUCGGUGGGCCAGUUUCAUGGUGGCAUCCCGUCGCCACCGAACGAUGCCGAGAGUGCGACCCAUCACAGCUACACAUCUGCCGACGCAGACACAGACGUACAGCGGAUGCGAACGGAGCAUAUGCACUCAGCCUACUCACCGAAUCGCAGCGAACCGGACAGCCCUGGACCGAAGCGUCAACGCAUAUCAACCGAAACCGAUCACGAUACCGAGUCCGAAUCAUCGCCCAGCAGUCCCCGGCACAAAUCGUCCCUGUUUUCUCUCCCGCUGGACAAACAGUCGCCGAGCCAAACCGGUCCGCCUAGCUCGCCCGAGUCGGAUCUCGACGUCGACUCGACGCCGGACGACUCGAUCGCGCCGGAAAACUUAAGCCUCAAGAAGGACACGAGUGUAUAUAGCAAGCCGGCGGCCACGCUAGUGCCGGUAACGAACGGUGGUGCCGGCUUUCUGCCUUACAGCCAGCAACCGGUCGCAACCCAGUACCAGCAAGCCAUCGGUGUCAGUGCCUCCCAAGCGUCGAGCCAACGCUCACCGGUGGAUGUCCUGUUGCGAGUGUUCCCGAACCGACGCCGGAGCGAGGUGGAGCUACUGUUGCAACGCUACCGGGGCGACGUAGUGCAGGCGAUGGAAGCGAUGCUCUGCGGUGACGAUGCACUCCACACCCCCAUCAGUGUUCCAACACCUUCACCAUCUUUUACAGUGAAGUCGGCAUUCUCGCCAUUGAUGCCUUCCGGAACGUUCAGUAGUCCGACGGUGCGGUACUCGUUUCUGCAGCAGGCCCACACGAAACGUUUCCUGUCCGCACCGUACACCGGAACCGGCUACCUGCCGACCAUACUGCAGGACCCGGAGCAGCCACCCCAACCGCAACCGGAUCAACAGGGCCUCGGCCAGAACUGUGCACCUGCCGCCGCCAACAGUCCCUGUGUGGAUGGUACCGAGUAA